AUGGACUUCAUCAAUCAAGUCGUUGUUCCGGCAGCGCUGUCCGAGAUUCUUGGGCGCGUGUUCUCCUUCCUGGCAGACAAGUUCCCUCUGCCUGCUGCUGCCGCUGCCGGCGGCGGCGGCGCCAGGGACGUGCACCAUCGGCGGCAGCUGGAACGGCUGCUGGGCAGCGUCGGCAGCGUCGUCGAGGAGGCCGAGGGGCGGCACAUCACCAACCACCAGCUGCUCUGCAGCCUCAAGGCGCUCACCGAGGCCAUGUACCGCGGCCGCUUCGCCCUCGAGGCGGCCGACCUCGACGACGCCAUCAAGAACAACGCCGACGGUGACGACCGGCGCUCGUCGUCAUCCGCGCCGCUCCACAGAGCGAAGCGCUCCCGCGUCGCGAGCUUCGUCUUCCGCGCUGGCGACGACGGCGGCGCCGGGUUAACGUCGGCGUCGGCGCGGAGGCUGGCGGACGCGAACCAGGAGCUGGAGAGCUUGACGCGGGACUGCAUGAGGGGGUUCAUCCUGCUCGUGCAGGGCUACCCGCGGAACGUGCACCGCGCGGUGGCGACGACGCUGUACAUGGACCGGCGCGUGUUCGGGCGGCACGUCGAGAAGGAGCGCGUCGUCGACUUCCUCCUCCGCCCGCCGCCGCCGCCACCGUACGAGCUGAGCGCCCUCGCGGUGGUCGGCGCCAAGAAGGUCGGCAAGACGACGCUCGUGAAGCACGCCUGCGCCGACGAGCGCGUGCGCGGCCACUUCGCACGCGUCGAGUGGUUCGAGACGCCGGACGUGGUGAAGGAGGGCGGUCUGCCGGGGCAGACCGUGUGGGAGAGCGACGGGCCGGAGUACCUGGCCGGCGUGCGCCGCAUCAUCAGCAGGCCCCGGCCUGGGAUGACGAAGCCGCUGCUCCUCGUGCGCGUCCACCGGAGCCGGAGAGGGCAGGAUGAAGCUUCUUUCACGUGCCGCGACGCCGACGCCGCCCGGGUACUCGGUACGGUGGAGCCGGUGGUGCUGAGCAAGCCGACGCCGGAGGAGUACUGGUACUACUUCAAGGCGUUCGCGUUCCGGGGCACGGACCCCCGGGAGCACCCGCGGGCGGCGGCGGUGGGCCGCGAGAUCUGCGAGCACAUGGACCGGACCUACCUCGAGGCGAGGGUGCUCGGCGGGGUUCUCGGCGCCAACCUCGACGCCCGGUUCUGGCGCCGCGUGCUCGCGGCCACCGUGCGGUGCGACCGGCGGCCGCUGCACGUCGGCGUCCUGGUCAAGCUCCUGCCCAUCAACGGCUGGCUCCUUCAGUCGUACGGCUACUGCCGGAGCCCGCCGGAGCUCACCGUGCGGGACGUGCUCGGCGGGAGCGUUGCGGGAUCCUUGGAUGGCUUCACCGUCCAUCUUUGCAGGGAGACGCUGUACAUGGAUCACUGGUACAGCAUCACUUUCAACAGCGUAUGA